CACCGUCCUUUUUUUUCUUCAGCGUUCAGCGAGGUGAGGCGCCAUAUUGAAGAGAUCUCCGCUUUCUGUAAAACCCCCGAAAACAUCACAUUUACCAUCAUGCUGUACUUGGAGGACUACCUCGAAAUGAUCGAGCAGCUACCCAUGGAUCUCCGCGACAGGUUUACGGAAAUGCGAGAGAUGGACCUGCAAGUUCAGAAUGCAAUGGACCAGCUGGAGCAGAGAGUUAAUGAGUUCUUUGUCAACGCUAAGAAGAACAAACCAGAAUGGAGGGAAGAGCAGAUGGAGGGUAUUAAGAAGGAUUAUUAUAAGGCUUUGGAAGAUGCUGAUGAAAAAGUUCAAUUAGCCAAUCAAAUCUAUGAUCUGGUGGAUCGACACUUACGAAAGUUGGAUCAGGAGUUGGCAAAGUUCAAAAUGGAGCUGGAGGCAGACAACGCUGGAAUUACGGAAAUUCUGGAGAGACGGUCAUUGGAAAUGGAUAGCCCUUCUCAACCUGUCAAUAAUCAUCAUGUCCACUCACACACCACAGUAGAAAAGAGGAAGUACAGCGCGCCAACCCACCACACUACUGAGCAUGUGCCAGAGAAGAAGUUUAAAUCUGAAGCUCUGCUCUCUACACUCACAUCAGAUGCCUCUAAAGAGAACACACCCGGCUGCCGGGUCAACAGCACCACCUCAUCUUCAAAUAGUGUGUACAGUGUGAACUCCUCCCAGACUCUUUCCUCCUACAACCUGAGUUCUCUGCCAGCUGGCCCAGCCACUGGAGCAGGGGCCAUCACUAUGGCGGCAGCCCAGGCAGUGCAGGCCACCGCACAGAUGAAGGAAGGCAGGAGGACGUCCAGUCUGAAAGCGAGUUAUGAGGCCAUAAAGAACAAUGAUUUUCUGGGUCGUGAGUUUUCCCUGAGCAGAGACUCCUCUGGUUACUCUUCUUCCGCGCUGGCCUCCACUCUAACACAGACCCUCACACCCAGUAACAGCUCAGACUCCCGCACAGGACGCAAGAACAAAAGCAACACAAAGUCUUCCAAUCACCAGUCCUCCUCAUCAUCCUCCUCUUCCUCCCUGUCAUCCUGCUCAUCCUCUUCAGCUCUGGCUCAUGAGCUGGUCCAGCAGACUGCCACACUGCCCGAGAGUGACAGCAGUGGCCAAGUAGACUGGACCUACGAUCCCAAUGAGCCUCGCUAUUGUAUCUGCAACCAGGUGUCUUACGGUGAGAUGGUUGGCUGUGAUAACCAGGAUUGUCCAAUUGAGUGGUUCCACUACGGCUGUGUGGGCUUGACUGAGGCACCCAAAGGAAAAUGGUAUUGCCCACAGUGUACAGCAGCCAUGAAGAGGAGGGGAAGCAGGCAUAAAUAGAUGGCCAUCAUCCCCAGGCAGAACUUCCCCCUUAUGACCCACAACAUGACCCAAACUCUUCUCACUGGCUGAUGCCCCCUUCCCUGAUAGAAACUGUUUGAGAGUGGUUUCAUCCAUAUCGCCAGGAUAUGUGAGAGGGUAAACGUGCUAUGUGGUUGGGGGAGGGGGGUGUCUACCUGGCUGUAAAUGUAAGAUGCUACAAGACUUCAAGUUGUUCAGCUAUUUUUCAUCUUCCACAAGUCCUAAUUGGUGGGGGAGGGUCAGCCGUGCGCCCAAAACCCAGACAUUCCUCAGCCUGCCACACGUGAUGGAGGGGAGGGGGGUGUCAUGACCUCAAACACACAUUAGUGCAGUGUGUUCCUCUUUAAUCCGUAUUCAUACAGACAAGAGACAGUCUUGGAAAAGUAUUCCACAGCUGUCUUGUCAGACUACGUUCCACAGACAUUCAAUUUUGAAACUUUGCCACGCUUCGGAAUGAGAAGAUCCCGAUGAGAGUGAUGACGAAGAUGGUGAUGAUGAGGGCUGUUUUGUUUGUUGUUGCUCACCAGUGAAGAUUUUAAUGUCCUCUGGUAACCUGGGUGUGCUCAGUAGACCCAGUGUUUCAGUACUUGUACUGGAGUAUCUGCUAAUUUUAGCGUUGCCCCUGCUCUGGCACACCCAUUUUAACUUCAUUAAGGGCUUUUUAGUUAGCUAAUGAGUUGUCAGGUAUGUUGGAGCAGGGAGGAAAAAAAGUGCAGUGAAAGGGUACUUCAGAGUCGGUAUUCGGAAACACUGCAGUAGACAAUGUUGAACUGUGCUGUUUGAGAAAAAAAGGCCUCAUGUAGCCCAAGACAGAACAGUGUCAUGCAUUUGAAUGCACAGUUCAGGGAAUGUCUGCUGAUCUCCAAAUGCACCCUUUCCUCUUUACUAAUUAGCCAAUGUUGACACGAACUUAUUCUCAACAAGAGAUUAAGUAUACGAGAGCCAGGGAUUGAUGUAGUACAUAAGCAGCGCCAUGAGUGCAGAAACACCCCUGCCCUGCAUGCUGACCAAAUUAAGUGACUGCAGACGUUGCCCUCUAGCAGUUAAGCAUAAAUACCUUGGGUUCUGCGUUUAUGAAUGGAUCACAGUGUCCAGUCUUGGGCUGGGCUUUUAAGUCAAGGAGCUCUAUAUGAUGUAAUAUAGAAAGAACAAAGUGAUAAUUGGGGCCCUGUGUGUGUGUGUAAGUGUGUAAAGUCUGUGUGUAUGUGUCUCUAGCCUGUACUGCACUGAAAUGGUGAUUCAAAGUUUCCAGAGAUGUAGAGAGAAAAAAAAAAUCAAUAAAACGAUCAACAACUUUUUGGUA